AUGAUAUCUUUGCCCGAAGCUUCGCUUUUAGCGUUGUUCCUAGAGACUUUGUUUUACGGCGUUUUCUUCACUUUUUACUGGUUGACCCUGGGCAUACUGCUCAAGAAGUAUGGUGUUCAACGGGGCCUCCUUCUCCCGGUAGCAACCUUGCUGCUUUGCAUUGCAACGGCUCAUCUAAUUAUCGAUUUCGUUCGAGCGCUAGAGGCGUUCGUUCUCAACGCGGAUACAAUCGGUGCGGAUGCCUACUACUCCAACCUCGCUUCGCCAUUGGAACUCGCAAAAACCGCUCUUUACGUCACACAACCAACUGUCGCUGAUAGUGUCCUUGUUUGGCGAUGCUAUGUUCUCAACAAUAGAAGCCUCUUGGUCGGUAUUCCUGGUUGUAUUGUGCUGUUGGCCAAUGGAGCGAUUGGGUACUAUAUUGUCUGGUGCCUUUCUCGAACCGUCGCAGGGACGAGUGUUCAUACCACCAUUCCUGGGUUGAUCACAACUUUCUACAUAUUGACCAUGCUUAUCAGUAUCGAUAUGAUAGCUUUGAUUUCCUGGCGCAUCUGGCGCAGUCGCCAUUCCAUCUCAGGCGGCUCCGCUGAUCUUUUACCCGUGCUGAUCGUCAUCGUCGAAGGUGGCGCUAUAUAUGCUAACAGUGUCCUUGCACUCCUUCUAGCAUUCUUGACGGGAUCAAACGGCCAAUACCCCGCGAUGGAUAUUGGUCCUCCUGUUGUGGGGAUCGUAUUCUGCCUCAUCAUCCUGCAAAUACACUUCCGUGUAGGUGUCAACCUCCAACCCAGCAGCCCAUCAAAAUCCUUCACCAAUCUCUUUGGAGAACAAGGAGAGCAGAACGUGGGCUAUGGCAUAGAACGGAUGAUCGAGGAGACAGAUCAUUCAGUUUGACGUGAUGUACAGCCAACGACUCUCAGGAGAUGACUGUUGAUUGUUUUGGAAGUUGAACCAAUGUCUAAUUUUGCGCGGGCGUAUACUUACUAAUGUCCAUAUAUCCUCUCAUUAAUAUUGGUCUUCUGCUGCAAACCAGUCCAUGCCUGCCACCUUUCAACUGCAAGAUCAAUCCCGCUGAUGCUACUGGUAAGCGAAAAUGUUGCCCACGAGAGUUGGAACCCAAGUUUGAGCUAAUACCUGAGAGCUAUGCUACUCUGACAUAUGACAGGCACCCGACUGGUCGCUAUCUUGUUCGAACUUCGAAUGUCAUCUACAGUUGAAUUUAUAUACAGAGGUACCGUAGUAUCAUGCAAAGGUGGUAAAGCACUGAUGUAUUGAUACGUACAACA